GCAUACUCACCCCAGCAAGUGCAGUAGCAGCUGACAAAUGCAGCAAAGGGGAGGCCUUUGCUCGAGACUUUCCCUAUCUCUAAGAUCGAUUCUCACUGUUUUUGCACAUGGAUUGAAGGAAGCCAAUCCAUUUUCUCUUCUGCAACGACCCUUCUAGGUUUAAUUGAUAAAGAUUUUGACCGUCUGGACAAACUUCUUGUUAUUGUUAGAAAAGUGGAUGAAAUGUCUAAUAGUGGUGGUGGCCAUAGCAACUUAGGUUCUUCUUCUUCAUCUAUCUCUCAACAAGAUAUAGGAGAUAAAUCUCAAAACCCACAAGGGCCUCAGCCUGGUGAUUGGGAUGAUCCCAUUGCAUUCCAACUUGAAGAACUAUUGUUCUCUAAUAUACGAACAAUUUUCCAGAAUGCAAUUAAGCAGCUUUGUGAAAGUGGUUAUAGUGAAGAUAUUGCUCAAAAGGCCAUUUCGAGAAUGGGAUUGUACCAGGGUGGAACAGACCUUGUGGCAAACAUAGUGAAUGAUGCUGUGACCUUAUUGAAGAGAGGGAAGGACAUUGACAAUUCAAAGAAUAUUGUUUUUGAGAAUUUGCAGGAGAUGGUGGAGUACACGAUGUUAGAGCUGGUUAAUGUGCUUAGAGAAGUUAAGUCAUCAUUAUCCACUGGAGAAGCAAUGUGGUGGUUAUUAGUAUGUGAUAUGAACAUUUCACAGGCAUGUGCUGUGGAAGGAGAUCUACUCAAUGAAUUUGGUGGUAAAAAAUUCCCAGGAGAGAGCUCUUCUGAUUCUAGUCUUCCCAAAUCAGGGUUGGAGGCCCAAUGCUCUAGACCUAUUCCUUCAAAUACCAAAAAGGAGAAUUUUCUUUCUACGCCAGCAAGUUUUGAGACAUCCUCAGUCCAGCCUAAGUCCCAAACAUCUGCUUUUGAAGGAAAAUCAAAGAAGGGACGCAAGUCACUCAACAAGAAAGAACUUGCAGCUGGGAAGAAAACCAUAAAUUCGGAGAGGGUUCUGAUGAACCAUGGUAAAUCAGGUUCUCAAUCGGGAAAUGUUACUAGUUUUGGUAGUUCUAAUGUGGAAAAGAGAAUGAAGUCUCCUUUUGAAUCACAUGGUGUGAAAACAAAAAAUUCUGCUUCCAAUACAAAAGCCAAAGUUCAAGCCCCUAUGACAGAUGGAAGUUCUCAGGUUCCUAGCAAUAGUCCAUCUGUUGUAUCUGCAUCAGGUGACUCUUCAAAAGUACAUAUGAUGGGGACAAUAUCUGCAUCGGCUGCAACAAAUACUGAACUUACAGUUUCUGGAAAGAAGCCUCCAUUGCAGCCUGAGACCAGCAACUUUGAGUAUCCAAAAAUAGCUGAUUACUAUGCUAGAAUUCCAUAUGAUGAGUCUCUGGGGAAGUAUGUUCCACAAUAUGAGAAAGAUGAAUUGAUUCUAAGAUUGGUUCCUGAGGUGCAGGAACUACAGAAAGAACUACAAAGUUGGACAGAUUGGGCCAAUCAGAAAGUUAUGCAGGCUGCUCGUAGGCUUAGCCAAGACAAGCCUGAGCUUGAGGCAUUAAAAUUGGAGAAGCAAGAGGCAGAACAAUUCAAGAAAGAGAAGAAAAUGUUAGAGGAGAAUGCCAUGAAAAGGCUAUCAGAAAUGGAGCUUGCCUUGAUUAAUGCUACUGGCCAGAUUGAGAUGGCUAAUUCUACUAUUCGCAAACUUGAGGUGGAGAAUUCUCUGCUAAAGGAUGAGUUGGACAUUGCAAAAUUGCAGGCUGUGGAGUCAGCUGUAAAUUGUGAGGCAGCAUUGGAGAGGGAGCAUAAGGCCCUAAAGAAUGCUCAAUCAUGGAAGGGGCAGAAAAGCUUGUUGCUGGAGGAGCUCGAGACUCACAAACAGAAGGUGGUCAAACUGCAACAAGACAUAGGAAAGGCAGAAAAGAUCAAGAACCAAAUUGAGGCUAGAUGGGAACAGCAGAGAUUGCUGAAGGAAAAAUUGCUUGCAGAGGCUGUCUCAAUAAAAGAUGAACGAGAACAACUUGAAGCUGCAGCAAAAGCAGAGGAGGAUAUGGUCAGACAAAAAGCAGAAAAUGAUUUGAAGAAAUAUAUGGAAGACAUCAGCAAGCUUGAGAAACAAAUAUCUGAAUUGAAUUUGAAGACUGAUGCUUCAAAAAUAGCUGCUCUGAGAUGGAGCAUUGACGGAAACAAGUGCCAAGGGGAUGACCUCACUAUAAAGGGAAGUCAAGACUCUAAUAUCUUCAAUAAGGAAGUGAAAAUCCAGGGAACUUUUGGAAGUGGAGGUCUGAAACGGGAUAGGGAAUGUGUGAUGUGCUUAUCUGAAGAGAAGUCUGUGGUUUUCCUCCCUUGUGCACAUCAGGUCCUCUGUAAAGAAUGCAAUGAGCUCCACAAGAAAGAGGGAAUGAAGGACUGCCCAUCUUGUAGGAGUCCUAUCCAGCAACGCAUUCCAGCCCGCUUUGCUCAUCCAUGAGCCCAAUAUACUUUUUUGACGGAAUAAAACCUGGUUAGAGGAAGUGAUGUUGAUCACUGAGAGGAAGUUAUGUUGAGCUUCACUCAAAACAAUCCUGUUCAAAAUACAUAUAUAUAUAUAUAUUUUGUUUGCCUUUAGGUUGUAGAUAGUUGACAGAAGUAGUAAAGAAAGAAAAAAGAGGAAAAGAAAAGAAGAAGCAUGUAGAGUUUGAGACAUGAUGUAAAUACAGGUUAAAAGCUGUUAUCUAUAUAUGAAAUAUGAACCUUCUUUUUUGCCUCA